AUGGGUCCGGGCCUGCGACUGGGCGCCCGUUGCUGGGCGCGCCUCCUGCCGUGGCUGAGGCCUCGCACCGGCGCGCGCUGGCCUGGCGCGAGGCCCCCGCUUCUGCAGGCGCACAGCCCGCCGGGCCGGGGCCUCGGUCUCGCCUCGGCCGUGGGGGCGCGCGGGCUCCAGAGCGGAGCGCGGCGGGACGAGGCCGACGCCCGAGCGGAGCGGGCCGCGGCAGGUCAUACGGGACCCAAAUUUGACAUCAACCUGCUUGUGUCUCUCUUGAGGCAAGAAAAUGCAAGAGACAUUUGUGUGAUCCAGGUUUCUCCAGAACUGAAAUAUACAGAUUACUUUGUGGUUGUGAGUGGAUCCUCCCCGAGACACUUACAGGCUAUGGCCCAGUACAUAGUCAAGAUGCACAAGUUCCUGAAAUCCAAGAAUGACGCUUUUGUUCGGAUUGAAGGGAAGGAUGCAGAUGAUUGGCUGUGUGUGGACUUUGGCAGCAUGGUGAUUCAUUUGAUGCUUCCAGGGACCCGAGAAACCUACGAAUUGGAAAAGUUAUGGACUCUGGGCACUUACGAUGAUCAGUUAGCUCAGAUCGCACCAGAGUCCCUGCCUGAAGACUUCAUCUUUGGCUUUCCACCAGAGGAGGAGCCUUCGGCGGAUUCUCCAUUAGAGGCCGAGAGAGAAUAAAGUAAGAGCUUUGAAGCAGCUCGAAUUGGGCCGUGUUAUUAGGAGGUUUUCUGUUUGGAUAUGCAGCCAAUUAAUCCACUAGGACACUUCUGAGUCCUCUCUGGAACGAGCAUACUCUCACAUGUACUCAAUGUAGAAAACUCAUGGAAAACAGAAAGCUUUGGAAACUGGGCUGUGGCAACAGUUAGGGACUGGCCUUCAGACAAGUUACCUCGAGCAAGAAUUUCAGACUUCUCAGGAGAUGUGUGAUUUACGCACCCGAAGUUACUGAAAUCGUUUCAACACAUCUCCUGGUCCCUAAUCAGUUUUGUGGAGUUGUUUGCCUGGCUUGACUUCUCACCUCUGGAGGAGUUGAUUCUUAUAGCAUUUAAAGAACUCUCAUAGAGAACUCUCUUUUCAGCUUACAAGUUUAGCAUAAUGCAGAAAUGUCCUUUUGUUUAAGGAAUGACUUACAUGGGGAUCAUCUACACUGGGGCUUAAUUUUUAUUUUUGUUUGUGGAGAAGAGAUGAAAACCUCCAUGUGAAAAAUAGGCAGCGUUUAUGUACUAUUUCUAGAUUUGACAUUGACAGAAUGUGAAAUAAAAAAAAAUAUUAACUAAUA